AUGGCCGACCGCAGCCCAUCAGAAGAGUCCAAUCUAAAUGCCCCGCCCAUAGCCCCAAACGGCAACGAUCAGGUCACGGAAAACAACCAAUGGCAAGAGACAUCACUCGAUGUCACGCCCACAAAUCCAAGCAACCCAGCUGCUGCAAGUGAUGGUGAUUCUGCUGCCGCUCCAAGGUCGAAGUUCACUUUUCACCAAAAGAUCAUCUUUCUCAGCGCAGGUUUGACUUCCUUCUCAACUUGGAGUUCCUAUGCCAUCAUUUCAGUUUUCUUUGCGACAGAGGCUGAAGCGAAAGGAAUGUCGCAGACGGUCGUAGGACUUGUGUUUAGCUGCUACUUCAUCGCGUCUGGUAUAGGUGCACCGAUCUGGGGCAAAGUUCUGCCACGUUUUGGCGCCCGUUUCGUAUUUCUUGCGGGAGCUUUUGUCACCGGCGGUUGCAGCGUCCUGCUGGGCUUCGUUGUGGAUAUGCCUACAUUGGCAACCUUUACAGGUUUCACUUUUGCCAUACGGACCCUAGAAGGCCUUGGAUCGUCCGCCUGCAAUACUGCUAUAGGUGCCAUUCUCACCUACACCUUCAAGGAUAAGGUCGGCGUUGCAACAGCCGGCGGUUUUAAGCUCCCGUUCCUUGUAAAUGGCGGGUUUGUCUGGGCUUGUGUUGCUGUCAAUUACUUUUUGAUGCCGAAGAUUGGGGGCCAACAUGAGGAAACCGGGCCUAUGAUUGAAGUUAUGAAGCUGCCAGCUGUCUGGGUAGUCUUACUUGCCAGUUCUUUCAGCUUUCUUGCGUACUCUGCAUUGGACCCAGUGCUGGCACUUCAUCUUAAGCAGCUUGGUUAUAGUGUCACUGGCAUCAGUCUGGUGUUUGCAGGUUGGGGCGCUGCGUACGCUGUGACUGCUACCCUCUGGGGCUACAUUGUCGAUAAAAAGGGGAUCUCAAGAAUCCUAAUGGUUAUGGGAGUGUUUGCUUCUGCAAUAGGUUUCAUCUUAAUUGGGCCCUCUCCGUUCUUCAAUAUUCCCCCGUGA